AUGUCUUGCAGCUACAUCUAUUACGUGGAGAAGCACAUUAAAGCGUUGCUGGAUCUCGGCUGUCAUGUAAUCAUGGUGUUCGAUGGUCGUCCCCUUCCUGCAAAAAAGGACACAAAUGACGACAGAAGACAGCGACGUGCCGAUAAUGUCAAGGCCGGUGAACUGCUCCUUGCAGAAGGAAAGCUUGACGAGGCGAUGGUAAAGUUCAAACGAGCUACCUCUAUCACUACCGACGUGGUAGAGAGUGCCAUUCAGCAUUUUCGUAGUUUCACCAAUGUGGAUGUGAUUGUUUCGCCUUACGAAUCUGACGCGCAGUUGGCGUUUCUGGUGAACGAACAUUUAGCUGAUGUGGUAAUAACUGAAGAUUCCGAUCUCAUUGCUUUCGCUUGUGAAAAGAUAGUUUUCAAAUGGAAUUGUGAGCGAGGAGAUUGCUUGAUCUAUGAGAAGAGUCAGUUGCCACGAUGUUUCACGGGUGUUAUGGGUUCGCGUUUUGACUUCACAAAAUUCCGACGAAUUUGUAUUUUAUCUGGAUGCGAUUAUCUUCAGGCUGGACUACCGGGUAUAGGGCUUAACAAAGCUCUUUCUUUCUUUUCGAAAACCUCCAGAACAGAUCUCCGUAAGUUACUACCUCGAAUUCCCUCCUACCUCAACAUGUCAAAGUUGAGCGUUCCAAAAGAAUUUGUUGAAGAGUUCAUCCGUGCCGAAAAUACUUUUCUUUACCAGGUAUCAUUUAUU